CAAUGGUAUACUAAUUAAUACAUAGUGGACUAGCUAAUGGUGCUAUAUAAAUGAAGGAAAUACAAGAGAAAAACACCACAUCUACCUUCAACAUACAGAUCUUGAAUUAUACUGUCCAAAAAAUUGAAGAAACGUUUAUUUUUUUCUUUUAUAAGUCGCGGCAUCAAGCAAUUGAUAAAAGGAUAUACCACACCAAAUGGGGCGUUGGAUGAGACCCGAGGUAUACCCACUGAUGGCGGCCAUGACAUUUGUUACGGGAAUGUGCGUUUUUCAACUGACAAGAAAUGUUCUCUUAAACCCUGAUGUCAGGAUCGAGAAAGCUCAUCGUAGCAUGGCAAUACUUGAAAAUGAAGAAGAAGGAGAGAAAUAUGCACAACACAGCUUUCGCAAGUUCCUACGCACUCGUCCACCCCAAGUCAUGCCUUCAAUCAACCGUUUCUUCUCUGAUCAAAGCAACUGAAAUCUCAAUCCAAUAACCAUAUCUUUGAUCUUUGGCACUUUCUCAUACCAUUAUUUUUUCUUUUUCCAAAUUAAUCGUUGUGUGAAAAAAUUCUACUCGUGAUUGGUCUAUAUUUCUUGUUCCUUUUUUUCUUUAUGUUUAGAAUAUAGUAGUGAAUAAGUGAUCAAGAGAAAAGAAAAUGUGGAUUCUUGACCAUCCAUGCAGGUUGAAGUCGUGAUUGUCAAUGUACGUAAUCUGAGUGUUGCUAUAACGAUGUACUGUUCUUUCUCGAUCUUGA